AUGUCCGAGAACCUGGCAAUCGUUCGAAGCCGACUGAAUCGGCCUCUCACAUAUGGUGAAAAGAUCCUGUAUUCACAUCUGGAUGACCCGCACAACCAAGAUAUCGAACGAGGAGUCUCCUAUCUCAAGCUUCGACCUGACAGAGUGGCAUGUCAAGAUGCUACUGCCCAGAUGGCUAUUCUUCAGUUCAUGUCGGCUGGCAUGCCGUCCGUUGCUACCCCGACCACCGUUCACUGUGAUCACUUGAUUGAGGCACAGAUUGGCGGAGACAAGGAUUUGGAACGAGCAAAGGACAUCAACAAAGAAGUGUAUGACUUCCUGUCUAGCGCUUGCGCAAAGUACAACAUUGGCUUCUGGAGGCCCGGCUCCGGUAUCAUCCAUCAAAUUAUUCUGGAGAACUAUGCCUUCCCUGGUGGUUUGAUGAUUGGAACCGACUCCCACACCCCGAAUGCCGGUGGUCUCGGUAUGGCAGCUAUUGGUGUCGGCGGUGCUGAUGCCGUUGAUGUCAUGGCGAAUCUGCCAUGGGAAUUGAAGGCACCCAAGUACAUUGGUGUCAAGUUGACUGGUGAAAUGUCCGGCUGGACUGCUCCCAAGGAUAUCAUUCUCAAGGUCGCUGGUAUACUUACAGUGAAGGGCGGCACUGGGGCUAUCGUCGAGUAUCAUGGUCCUGGAGUCAACUCGAUUUCCUGCACUGGCAUGGGCACCAUAUGCAACAUGGGUGCUGAGAUUGGUGCGACGACCUCCCUAUUCCCAUUCAACGAUCGCAUGUAUGACUACCUGGCGGCUACCAAGCGCAAGCAUAUUGGUGACUUUGCGCGUUCCUACGCUCAUGAACUCCGUGAGGACGAGGGAGCCGAGUACGACCAACUGAUUGAACUCAAUUUGAGCGAACUGGAACCUCACAUCAACGGACCAUUCACCCCGGAUUUGGCUACACCAAUCUCGAAGUUCAAAGAUGCGGUAAAGGAGAACAAGUGGCCCGAGGAGUUGAAAGUUGGGCUCAUCGGUUCUUGCACAAAUUCAUCCUAUGAGGACAUGUCCCGCGCCGCUUCGAUUGCUCAGGAUGCUAUGGAGCAUGGCGUGAAGGCCAAGUCCCUCUUCACCGUCACUCCUGGCUCUGAACAAAUCCGUGCUACGAUUGAACGCGAUGGUCAACUGAAGACGCUUGAGGAAUUCGGAGGCAUUAUCCUGGCCAACGCAUGCGGUCCAUGUAUCGGUCAAUGGGAUCGAAAAGACGUCAAGAAGGGCGAGCCCAACUCGAUCCUUUCCUCCUACAACCGUAACUUCACCGGCCGAAACGACGCAAACCCCGCCACCCACUCCUUCGUCACGUCCCCCGACUUGGUGGUGGCCUUGACCAUUGCCGGAGAUCUCAAAUUCAACCCGCUCACUGAUACCUUGAAGGACAAGGACGGCAACGACUUCAAGCUCAAGCCACCAACUGGCGAUGGUCUGCCCAAGUCUGGUUACGACCCCGGCCGUGACACCUACCAAGCACCACCGGAAGUCCGUUCAGAGGUGGAGGUCAAGGUGUCUCCCACGUCCGAUCGUCUUCAAGUGCUGAAGCCUUUUGACCCUUGGGAUGGAAAGGACCAGAUGAACCUUCCUAUUCUGAUUAAGACCAAGGGCAAGACGACCACUGAUCAUAUCUCCAUGGCUGGUCCCUGGCUCAAAUACCGUGGUCAUCUUGACAACAUCUCCAACAACAUGCUGAUCGGCGCCAUCAAUGCUGAGAACGGCGAGGCAAACAAGGUCAAGAACCAAGUGACUGGCAAAUAUGACUCUGUCCCCAACACUGCCCGUGAAUACAAGAAGAACGGCAUCAAAUGGGUUGUCGUCGGUGACUGGAACUACGGUGAAGGUUCAUCCCGAGAACACGCUGCUCUCGAACCCCGACAUCUUGGUGGUCUUGCCAUCAUUACCCGAAGCUUUGCCCGUAUCCACGAGACCAACUUGAAGAAGCAAGGAAUGUUGCCACUGACUUUUGCCAACCCUGAGGAUUAUGACAAGAUUAACCCGGAUGACCGAGUCGACCUUCUCUGCACUCAACUGGAGCCUGGCAAGCCGAUCACCAUGGUUGUGCAUCCUAAGGAAGGGAAGCCUUGGGAAUGCCAAUUGACGCACACGUUCAACGAGGGACAACUCGAAUGGUUCAAGAAUGGCAGUGCGCUGAACACGAUGGCCAAGGCGCACGCACACUAA